GAACUGAAAACCUGGGAGACAAAGAUGAGGAAGUAGUAAACACGGGAAAAAGAUGUGGCAGUAAGCAGAUGUGACAGAUGCACGCUGACAGGAAGGAAGAUUGGAAGCUGAGCGCAGAGAUAAAAGGGCAGAGCGCUUCGACCACCACUGUCCCUGGGUGGGGAACUGCGUGGGGAGGAGGAACUACCGCUUCUUCUACAUGUUCAUCCUCUCGCUCUCCUUCCUCACCAUCUUCAUCUUCGCCUUCGUCAUCACGCACAUCAUUUUAAGCUCUCAUCAAAACGGCUUCCUCAGCGCGCUCAAAAACAGUCCUGCCAGUGUGCUGGAAGUGGUGGUGUGUUUCUUCUCUGUGUGGUCCAUCGUGGGCCUCUCAGGCUUCCAUACCUACCUGAUCAGCUCCAACCAGACCACCAAUGAAGACAUAAAAGGUUCAUGGUCAUCUAAAAGAGGGAAGGACAACUAUAACCCCUACAGCUAUGGAAACAUAUUCACCAACUGCUGCGCAGCGCUGUGUGGACCCCUGCCACCGAGUCUCAUCGACAGACGCGGCUUCGUCGAGGCAGACGUGCCACAGUUGGCACCACCAACCAAUGGUAUCACUAUAUAUGGCUCCACCCAGUCUCAGCAGAGCCACACGUGUGACCAAGACCAGUGCAUUCAGAGCACCAAAUUCGUUUUGCAGGCCGCCGCCACCCCGCUACUCCAACACCAGAGCAGCGAGCCUGUCAUCCUAACCACAUCCCCCGAAAACGGAGGGGCGCUACCUGGCCGCGCCUCCCUCGCCCUGACGGGGCCCUGCACCUCACUGCCCCUCGGCCAGCCCACCCCUCCGACCUCCACCUCCAGCUUAAGCUGCCACGAGGCCGCCGACAAGCUGCCGGUCCAUGGACACACCCUCACACACAACCACAGCAACCCCCUGCAGGAGUCGUUGUUCCAGCACCACUUCCUUACGCCAGAGGAAGUGCCGUCGCCGCCCGGCAUGCUUCACUGCGGCAGCCCCAUGGGCCACAGCCACACCACGCAGGCCGGCUUCUACGACCCGGCCAGCCAGGACUCCCUGCACGAGGACUCCGUCAGAGGGCUGGUGAAGCUCAGCUCCGUCUGACGCCCCCAAUGAAAACACUGAGAUCACUGAAGUCUGCUGACCCCCACCCACGCUCACAGGUGGUGGUUUAAACUCAGCUGUUGGAACCUGUGGACCUAAAUCAGAUUUGUCUUCUGACGUUUUUCUUCCCAAACGUCGCAGCUGGAGCUGGAAGAUCCUUCCUGUUAUUUUUGUUUGAAACUCCGGGGAAGUUUAAUCCGUUAACUCUUUGGAAACUUCACAGGAGACGUUUCAGGUUUUUGUUCCACUUCAAUCCAAAAUAAAAGUUUGGGUGAGAAGGCUGAGCGUCGCAGCUCUGACUCACUUCUUUUCUAAAACCUUCUCCUGUGUGCCCGUUGCUGAUUGGACGGUGUCUUCUUGCCUUUUUUUUUUUUUUUUCUUGGACAUGGUCAGCGGUGCGAUGGUUGAUGUCUUCAUGUUGCAUAUCAUCAGGCUUUUCUAUGUAAAAGAGACUGUUGUAUUGUACUAUGGUUAUUACAACUUACAGAUUAUAUUUCCUGUGGAUAUUAAUAAAAACAUCUUUUUAUCA